AUGCAGCAACCAAAGUUUCGACAAGAUCACCCUUCAGGAACUCGUCUAUCGCUGGCUAAAUUCUCAUACACCACAACGCCGGUCGACCACCCCGGUCCUCUAUCCUGGAGUCAUAUCAAUGGCAAUGGGGAUCUUGUCUGUAUCUUCGAUAAAUUUGCAGCUACCGGAUCCGCUUCAUCUAAAACUCUCAUGAAAGUGAUUAGAAAUGAUUAUGUUCUGGAACAGCUUGACAUCGCACGCCUCGUACAAUCCAACUUGUCACAGAAUGGCUCUGCGGCAAAAUCCUCAUUUGCUGUUGUGGUCAAAUCACCUUGCCUGGCCGUGAAAUACCCACAAAACGGGUCGAUUCGUCGAUUCCAACUCAAGUUUCUCGCAGAUCGAGAUUUUUACACGGCGCUUUCACUGCUCAGUGAAAUUGACUGCCCUAUUACCGAAGGUAACGCAACAGCAGUGCAGCAGCCACCACGACGACUACCGUCCUCAUCCUCAUGGGCAUCAUUUCAGGCACCGACUAUCAUAUGGAAGAAUGGAAACACAGUAAUGACCCCAGAAAGCAACGCUACUGGCCCUUUUCAUGUAAUGACCCAGGGACCAGCAGCGCCCUAUCCUCCAUCGCCGUCGCCCUACACCACUCCAGGUAUUAUGGUACCCGCAGACCAAGAGUUGAGACCAACAAGACCCAUGUCACACAUGCCAUCCGUUGAUCACAGCAUCGAGCUGGCACAGCAAGUAGUUCAUACCGAGACAAGCUCACGGCCGUCUAUAACACAAGGAUACCAUGACAUCCAGGAGCUAAACCAGGUCCUCCCUCCAAAGAGAGACCUACCAUUUCUCAAGCCCGGCACAAAGAGAAAGCGAACAGAAUCCACAAUUGAACAAGCUGCCGAAAAACCGAAAUCCUCGAGGGUCAGUCAGCUCGCGAAUCAGACGAACCGCAAUACACUUGAGCGCAGUGAUACUGUCAUGUCGGAUGCCUCGUCCCAAUCACUGGUGGCGACACAACCAUACCCAGACCCAGUGGAGCCAGUAAGCACCCAACCCUACUCCCAACCAGACAAGGAGAACCUGCCUCAGCCCCAGAGGCCAAUCGAGCACAUCGCCCCAACAAUCUACACGGCGGUCGCAAGGGAUAGUACUUUGAACGAUAUCCAAGUUCGGCGAUCGCAAUCACCGAUGCAGCCUGGCGUUCCGCCUUCUGUUGAAAAACAACUUUCGGCUUAUCUUUCUUCCCCUAAUCCCGAACGUGUGGAGUUCCUGGAAAACUGGAUGUGCGAGCUCAUUAAUGACGACAGUUUUAUGACUUUGUGCCAGGAUGUCGAGGCAACGUGGAGACGCUUUGCCUUUGGUAUCAGGAAGUAG